ACUGAAGCUGUUUAAAAUGUUUUCCACACCCAAAGCCAGGAAUCCUGCGUAUAAAUUCUAGAUGCAUUCUUCUUAUUGAAUCCAUUCCUUCCUGUUUGAUAUCGAUUAAAAUCCUCACUUCAAAAUGGCUAACAAACACACAGCUUUCGGACUGGAUGCCGAUCUUGAGGCCAAGAAAGCCGCCAAGUACGACUUCGCACUUGAGGCUGAGGCGAUGGCGUGGCUCAAAGCUGUGACUGACCAGUCACCUGCUGAGGGUCAGAGUGUGCACGAGUUCCUAAAGGAUGGACAGGUACUAUGUAACCUAGCCAACACGCUUAAGGACGGAGCCGUCAAGCGUGUUAACACGAGCAAGAUGGCCUUCAAACAGAUGGAGAACAUCAAUAGCUUCCUGGAAGCCGUAACUGCGUAUGGUGUACCGGUUGCAGACCUGUUUGCGACUGUGGAUCUUUUCGAGGACAAGAACAUGGGCCAGGUUGUGAUCACACUGCACGCCGUCGGUCGAGCUGCACAGAAGAACAAUUUUAAAGGACCUGUUUUGGGUGCCAAGAUCGCCGAGAAGAAUGAGCGUAACUUCUCGCAGGAACAGUUGGAUGCUGGUAAGUUCACCCCCAGUCAGCAGGCUGGUAACAACAAGGGAGCCAGUCAGAAGGGUAUGUUUACCGGUCGCCGUGAGAUCGAUGUAUUGACACACAACGAAAUGCUAGCUGCUCGCGCAGGAGGCAACUAGAUGGUGUCAUAUAUAACGUUUUAUUUGCAUACGUAUGCUGUGUACGGCAGUGUGUGGCAACGAUGAGGACACUCAAGGUAUUUAAAAGAGAGUUAGAAAGACAAUCUGCUAGUAGCAGACCCGUAUCAUAAAUUCGAGCGAAACAAAAAUAAACUCUGAACGUCAAAACGAAGCA